UAGGGUUCUUGCAAUGUGGAGAUAUUUUCAUGGAAGUUCUGCGCACUUUGGCGGCCACAGCGAUCCAUUUGCUGGCUGGGGUCCGGCAGAUUCGCGAUGUGUCCCGGCCCCAGAGGGAAUCCGAGAACGAAUCGGACAGGGCGGGGCGGCUAGGCGAGCUCGAAGUAGCGCUGCUAUUCCAAGGCGUGUCUGGCGCGCUGGUCUUCCAGUCGCUGCGGGUGCCUGACAGCGAGCGCAAGGGUCGGAGAGAGAUUGAUCUGGUCAUACUCACCAAAAAGAAGAUUUAUGUGAUUGAAGUGAAAAACUGGGCUGGGACUGUGAAAAUCCAGCGCGAUGGGAGCUGGUGUCAGAUUAGGAGAAAUGGCACCACGCAUACACUGCCAGAUGUUGUUGAGGACACCAAGUUCCGCGCAUCACUGCUCGAGGCAUACAUUGCGAGAAGGGGUGUCAAACUCCCCACGGAUUUUAUCGACUAUAAAGUCUUUUUGAUCAAUCCAGACUGCAGCCCAGUGGAUGAAAUUUUGUAUCAGCCAGAAGUUCUCACCUCGGAGCAGUGGCAAUCUUUCCUGGACCAGGAGGUGAGCCAGGAGAGCUGGUUCAGGAGUAUCUUGACGACUUUGAACGGCAAGGACACGACACACGAGCAGCUCAAGUACAUCCUCAGCACCGCGCCAACUUGGGACAAAUUGUAUCUCGAGGGAGGCGGGAUUGCUGUGGGAGACUUCAUGUAUUUCAGGGGCCGGCCCGAGGACAUGCUUGCCUUGCAAAACGUGAAGCGUUCCAACACUUGCUAUAUUGAGAUGCAGCACGUAAGGAGUUGGCUGCGAAACACAAUUGGAUUUCUAUUUGGGAUGAACAUGGAAGUGAAGCUCUUAUGCACGGCGAGAGAUGUGAGAGAAGCUGGAGGAUUCUUGAAGAGGAAGCAUGCCCAGCAAGUCUUUGAGGCGAGAGUGAGGCCGGAUUUGGAGAUAGUUUUCCGCGUUGUUGGGAGCAGCAAACCCGAGAGCUUCCUGGUAAACAGUGUCUCCGGCUUGUCUUUGAGCGUUUGAUAGUGUUGCGUUGUAGUAUAUAGCGAGAAUAGUUUUUCUUGCAAUCGUCCCAGUGUCUUGGUUCUCUUUUCUGGUGAAAGCAAGAAGACAGACACUUCGGCCUGGAUCCCAAAUCGCUGGAAAAGCUGCCCAUCUUCAUCCAUCAAAUCUAACAAAAGGGGGAAGGCAGAUCCAGUUGAGAAGUUUGAUUCAACCUCAGACUUUCAACCCUCAUGAGUCGUGAUCUAGGAACCGUAACUUUGAUGAAUGAAUCCACCAUCAAGAGCUUUUGGA